GGCGUCUUGAGGCCUGAGAGAAGAGAGCAGCAGCAGCAAGCAAGCUAAGCUAUCUAGCACUGAGCACUCACUCAGACCAAAUAUAAAAGAGGACAAAUUAUAUAGCCAUUCCCCAUUAGCUAUAGCAACCAAUAACCCUUAUAUAAGAUUUGGCUUCAUUUUCUCUUCCCUUUCUCUUCCUGUGUUCCUUCAUUCCCCUUCCGUGUCCCACUCAUCAAUAGUCACAGACAAAGCUGUUGAUCAUCAGCUUUCUUCCUUCUUCUUAAUUAGUUUUGCUUCUUUCCUUUUCACUUUCCCUAUUUUGGUCCCCCGGAAGAAGUUCAACAUGUUGAGUAAUGCAAGAGCAGGAAAUAGGGCAUCUUCUUGUUCUUCUCCAUUCACAGCAACACAGUGGCAAGAACUGGAGCACCAAGCUCUCAUCUACAAGUACAUGGUCUCUGGUGUCCCCAUUCCUCCUGAGCUCCUUUUCUCCGUCAAGAGAAGCAUCGACUCCUCCCUUGCUUCAAUUGGGUGGGGAUGUUUUCAGGUGGGUUUUGGUAAAAAGGGAGACCCAGAGCCAGGAAGGUGCAGAAGAACUGAUGGCAAGAAAUGGAGGUGCGCCAAAGAAGCAUACCCUGGCUCCAAAUACUGUGACAGACACAUGCAUAGAGGGAAAAACCGUUCAAGAAAGCCUGUGGAAAUCUCUUCUUCUUCAUCUUCUCCUUCCACUACCACAAAUACUCCCAGAACUUCACCUAUUGGUAACACCACUACAAGCAAUAACAACUAUUACCACAAUCCUUACCUUACAACCUACAACAAUCCUUCACUGAUCAACCCUUUAUCUAUUUCCUCAUCUACAUCAUCAUCACUAGAUUCUGAUGUCCACCAGCAGCAAGGCCCUCUCAAUGGCCAAAACUUUCUCAAUAGUACUUUCCUUUAUAACAACAGUAGUAAUAGCUCUUCUUGCUCUAAUUCUUCUUCUUGUUGUAAGACCACCACUGCUCCAAAUCUGUUCAUGGAUUCUCUCUCUUCCUCUCAUCAUCACCAUCCUGCCUCUGACAAAGACUACAGGUACCUCCAAGGAGUGAGAGAGGAUCAGCAACUUAAUCACCAUCAAUAUGGGUCAUCACCACAACCAGAGUUUGACAACUUUUACUCAUAUCCAUCAUCAAAACAAGAUUAUCAUCACCAGCAGGAACAGCAUUGUUUUGUCUUGGGAGCUGAUUUCAAGUCAUCAUCAUCAUCAAUUUCAGCAAUUACUAACAGGCCAUUGAUCAAGGUGGAAGAGGGUAGCAGUGACAGCAAAGAGAUGUCCUCAUCAUCCCACAAGCCAAUGCACCAUUUCUUUGGACUUGGUGGUGGUGCUGCAGACUCUUGGCUUGAUCUUGCAUCAAGCUCAAGGCUCUCCUAAUGGGAGCAUUGAUGGAUCUUUUUAGCUUUAUUGGUGGUGCCAAAAGAGUACUUGUUGGGUGGGUGAUAAUAUGAUAAUGUGUGGGUUUUGAGAACUUGUGGCUGGGGAGCAAAAUUUGGGGUUUCUUCUUCUGUUGAGCUGCAGUGUUGUUUUGGAUUUAAUAAUGUAGGGUCAGCAAAGAAAGAAAGCAGCAGCAGCUUCUUCUUUCUUGUUUCUGCUUUCAUUUUUACUUUGUGAGAGGAGGGUACUGUUCUGUCUGUUUGUUAUCAGCUGGGAGAAAUGAAAGAUCCUUUCUUCAUAAAUGUAAAUCAUCAUUAUGUCAACUUGUAUGCAAAAAAGAAAAAUCUUGCUGCCCAUAAGGAAAAGAAACACAAGUUUGGGGUUUGCUAGGUUUUGGCUGAUGUAGAUAUGAAUUGAAUCUAUUAAGAUUAAUAUUAAUAUCGUAGGGAUUAUCUUGUUGAGAUGAUUCGUUCUCGAUAUAGUAUCAAACCUUCUGGCUAAAAUAUCUCAUGUUUAAAUUUUCAUGAGUCUCGAGAAUGG